UCACAUAAAUACAGACCUGAAGAGAUAAAGUGUGUCUGACGCGUUGUUCAUUCAAGUGUGUUUUUCCCUCAUAACCAUAUAACAAGCGCGUUUAUUAACAUGGCAAAGCCAAGAGUUUACUUUGACAUCACUAUCGGUGGAACUCCGGCUGGCAGGAUUGAAAUGGAGCUGCGGGCUGAUGUGGUCCCAAAGACUGCAGAAAAUUUCCGUGCUUUGUGCACCGGAGAGAAAGGUUUUGGCUACGCCGGCUCCAAGUUUCACCGAAUCAUCACCGAAUUCAUGUGCCAGGGUGGGGACUUUACCAAAGGCGAUGGAACUGGAGGUAAAUCCAUCUAUGGGGAGAAGUUUGCUGAUGAGAACUUUACGUUGAAGCACGGAGGACUCGGCACACUGUCCAUGGCUAAUGCCGGGAAAAACACCAACGGAUCCCAGUUCUUCAUCUGCACAGCUGAUACUAAAUGGCUGGACGGGAAGCACGUGGUGUUUGGCAAAGUUGUGGAGGGCAUCGAAAUUGUCAAGAAGAUGGAGGCGGUAGGCUCAAAGGACGGCAAAACUUCAGCCACGGUUGCCAUCGCUGCCAGUGGUCAACUAUAGUGUGACAAAUCUCCUUCAGUUCAGCCUGUUCUCCUGUCAGAUGUAUCCCUAAUUAACCACAUUCGUUGUGUAAUAUUUUGUACCUUGUACUCUGUUCUUUGAGGACCACAUUUGUUAACAACAUCUGAAUAAAAUGAUGCUGAUGGUGUCAAUAAAACAAACUGAAAGCUUA